AUGGAACGACAUAGAGCACCUCCUGAAUUAACAGGUGACAACUAUGCGUACUGGAAGGCCCGCACCAAAAUGCAUCUACGAGCUCAAGGAGAGAGGGUCUUGAGGGCUGUUCUUACUGGUUGGUCUCAUCCUACCAAAUAUGGAGACAAUACAGGAGAUCCUCCAGUCCUCAAACCAGAGGCAGAAUGGACAAAGACUGAGAUGACCACCGCAAGCUGCAAUCAUAAAGCGUUAGAUACUAUUUUUUCUUUAAUGCAUGAGAGUCAGUUUACCAUUGUUGCAGGGUGUGAUUCAGCUAAAGAAGAUUGGGAUGCCUUAGAAACUACCUAUGAAGGAACCGCAUCGGUUAAACAAUCCAAAGUACAAAUGGUUCAAACAGACUUUGAAGAUCUAAAGAUGAAAGAUGAUGAAACUAUAGUGGAUUUUCAUGCUCGGGUACAAGAACUAGCCAAUAGGGCAAGCAUCUUAGGCGAGCCAAUCACUCAAGAAAGACUUGUCAAAAAGAUUCUUCGCUCACUCCCUCCCAAGUUUCGCAUGAAAGUUACAGCUAUUCAGGAGCACGAUGGAUGGGAAAAGAAAACGGUACAACAAUUGAUGGGAAGCCUACAAACCUAUGAGAUGGAAAUUUUAGGCGGCCCUGAAACAAAAGGAAAAACCGUAGCUUUCACUGUCAAAGACGCUGGAGCUGUUUCUGAUCCAGAUGAGGUAAAACAACGACAAACUGGAAAAUUUGGCAAGUUUCAAAGUAAAAAAGGAUCAGGGUCGAGUGCUAUUCGAAACAAUCAAAAAUCAAACUCGUCCAACCAACGAUCAGGCACAUCAAGAAACUCUCAAUCCAAAGAAAAAACCGGAGGCAAAGGGAUCAAAUGUUAUGAAUGUGAAGGAUAUGGUCAUGUGCAAGCUGAAUGUCCAACCUACCUAAGACGGAAGAAGUCGAUGAAAGUCGUCCUUACCUGGAGUGAUGAUGAUGAACCAGAAACUGAUCCAGGAUCUGAUCCAGAUGAGAUCUCUGGGAACUUUGUUGCCUUCACGGCCCUCACAACUACUGUACCUGACUCAAUAACUGGUGAAGAAUCUAAAAUUGAAGAGUAUGUGUCAUCAGAAGAUCAAGAUUUACCUGCGCCUUCAUUUGAAGUAGAAUAUAGAAAAUUGUAUGCAAAAUGGGAAAUACUUGUAAAAGUGAAUAGAUCUCUGUCUAGUCAGGUUAACAUUAUAGAAAAUGCCAAAAAGGUGUAUCUAUCUAAAAUAUCUUACAGGGACAGUAUCAUUGAAGACAGUCACAAGCAAGAAGAAACUCUCAAACAUGAGCUGGAAGAUCUCAAAAAUGAACUGGAGCAACUCAAACGCAAGAUCAAAAUGAUGGACAACACAUCCACUUUAGACCAAAUUUUGGAUUCUGGUCGAAAGACACCCACGAAGUAUGGGUUAGGAUAUUCUGGAGGAAAGGACAAAGCUGUUACAGUUUUUGUCAAAGCCUCAGGCCUGGACUCAGGCACUGGAGCAGAUCAAGAUAGUCCAGAAACUAGUACAGCUCAACGUCAAGUCAAAUUUGCUCCAAGAGAAGUGACUUUCGGCGACGGAGUUAAGGGAAAGAUCACUGGAAUUGGUACUCUAAAUGUCACAGGGCUACCCAGACUAAAACAAGUUCUUCUGGUGGAAGGCCUUCAUGCAAAUCUUAUAAGCAUAAGCCAAUUGUGUGACCAGGAAUGGAAAGUCUGCUUCACCAAGGACAGUUGCAAUGUUACAGACUAUCAAAAGAACUGCGUCAUGGAAGGUCCAGCAUAA